UUUUACCCGGCCAUUAUAAAAGAGAAAUUUUUUUUUUCUUGACGUGCCCUUAUUUUUUCUCUCAAAAAAAAAAAGAUAAACAAUCAUGCUUGACAUUAACUUGCUUUUGGAAGAACGUGGUGGUAACGUGGAGAUGGUCAAGGAGUCUCAAAAGAGACGUGGUGGUUCCGUUGAAAUUGUGGAUGAAAUCAUUGCUGAAUAUAAGGAAUGGACCACUCUCCAGUUCACCAGUGACCAAAAGAACAAGGAAGCCAACGUCAUCCAAAAGGAAAUUGGUAAGAAGUUCAAGGCCAAGGAGGAUCCCUCUGAAUUAGUAGCCCAAAAGAACGCUCUUCAAGCUGAGAAGGAUGUCCUUGUCGCCCAGGCUAAGGAUAAGGAGACCUCUUGGAAGAACAAGUUGGCCACCAUUGGUAACAUUGUUCAUUCCUCUGUCCCCACCUCCAUGAACGAGGACAACAACGAAGUCAUCCGCACUUACUACCACAACGGUGUCGAGCCCGUCAAGAGAACCGAUAUCAUGUCUCAUCAUGAAGUCCUCAGUCGUUUAGAUGGUUACGAUCAAGAACGUGGUGCCAAAAUCGCUGGUCACCGUGGUUAUUUCUUGACCGGUGUCGGUGUCGAUCUUAACUUGGCCUUGAUUACCUACGGUCUUAACUUCCUUGCCAGAUUCGGUUACAAGAAGUUACAAACUCCCUUCUUUAUGAACAAGGAAAUGAUGGCCAAGACUGCUCAAUUGUCUCAAUUCGAUGAAGAGCUUUACAAGGUAUCCGGUGACGGUGAGGACAAGUACUUGAUUGCUACUUCAGAACAACCUAUUUCUGCUUACCAUGCUGGUGAAUGGUUUGAAAAGCCUUCCGAACAAUUACCCAUCAAAUAUGCUGGUUACUCUACCUGUUUCCGUAAGGAAGCUGGUGCUCACGGUAAGGACACUUGGGGUAUCUUCCGUGUGCAUCAAUUCGAAAAGAUUGAACAAUUCGUUUUAUCCGCUCCCGAAAACUCUUGGGAAUUAUUUAACGAAAUGAUCGAUCACUCUGAGGAAUUCUUCAAAUCCCUCGGUCUCUCUUACCGUGUUGUUGCUAUCGUCUCUGGUGCCUUAAACAACGCCGCCGCAAAGAAAUACGAUUUGGAAGCUUGGUUCCCUUUCCAAGGUGAAUACAAGGAACUCGUCUCUUGUUCCAACUGUACCGAUUAUCAAUCUCGUAGCUUAGAGAUCCGUUGUGGUGUCAAGAAGAUGUCUGACCGUGAGAAGAAGUACGUUCAUUGUCUUAACUCUACCCUCUGUGCCACCGAGAGAGCCCUUUGUGGUUUAUUAGAGAGCUGGCAACGUGAGGAUGGUUUGGAAAUUCCUCCUCCUUUGGUUCCUUACAUGGAUGGUAAGACCUUCAUUCCUUACACCAAGCCCAGACCCGCCAAGAAAUAAGCACUCUUCUUUUUGUCCCACUUCUUAAAAGUAAUAAAUAGUUUAUACACCUGU